AUGGGGAAUGCAAUGUCUCCAUGUCUUAUACCCCCUUCCAUUACCAAACGCCACCGCUCCUCCGCCGUGAAGCUCAUAUUCUCCAGCGGGCCCACCAGAAUCCUCGCCGGAAGCCACCACUUCGCCGGAGAGAUCAUGUUCCAAUUUCCCGACAUGAUAGUCUGCCACGCUGACUCCUUCUUCAUCGGCCACCGAAUUCCAUCCUUAGCCAUUGAAGACAAGCUUCUCGCCGGCGAAACCUACUUGGUUCUCCCCAUAGACCGAUUCUCCUUGAACGAUGUUCUCUCAACGUCGUCGCUCGCUGCCAUCGGCGCCGGGAAUGAGGCGGCGGAGAAAUUCUCGAGUUCGUGUCCGUUUGAGUACGUCCGAGGGCGGAAUGGGAAAGCGCUGAUUAAGGUCAUGCCGGAGUUUAUUGUUCGGUUGGUUUCUCCUGGCGGCGCGUACGGCGGAGAGGGUGGUGGGUUUUUGUGUAGCACGCCGGAGUUGAAGAAGCAUUACGAUCAACUCGUCGGAACAUCGAAGGGGCAGGUUUGGUCGCCGUCGUUGGAGACUAUUUCGGAGUAUAAAAUUAGGUAUUCGCCCUGUAGAUUUGUUGGGAUUAAAGUUAAACAAAAGGAAGGCUAA